UCAGGUGCACAGGGGCAGGCUGCGUGGGCUGGGGGCCCCGCCCCGACCCCCUCCCCUGAGGCGGGCUCCUCUGGGCGGCUUGGGGCAGAGCAGGCAGGCAGAGCGGGCAGAGCGGGGAAGCCCCCAGGCUGGCGCACGCCUGUCGCCUGCCGUCGGAGGGCCCAGCAAGGCGCCAAGAGCCAUGGAGUUGCGGCUGGGGGGCUACACGGCCGCGGUGGCUGCGGUCCUGCUCCUUGUGCUGCCGGGUGCCCAGGGCCAGCAUAGCACGCCCGCUCCUAAGUGUGACUGUGCCUACAAUUUCCAGAAGAGGAACGGUCCAUUCUGUUGCAAGGGCUGUCCAGCAGGGCACUACCUGAAGGCCCCCUGCCCAAAGCCUUGUGGUACCGUCACCUGCCUUCCGUGCCCCCGGGGCACCUUCCUGGCCAGGGAGAACCACCAUGAGACCCGCUGUACCCGCUGUCAGGCCUGUGAUGAGGAGGUCUCCCAGGUGGCCCUGACGAACUGCUCAACGGUGGCAGACACCCACUGUGGCUGUGAGCCAGGCUGGUUCGCGGAGUGCUUGGUCAAGCCCUGCAAGGUCGGCUCACCCUUCCGCUGCAAUCCAUGCUCAGACUGCAGGGCCCUGCACCGCCACACCCUUGUGCCUUGUUCUGCCAGAGAUACCGACUGUGGGACCUGCCUGCCCAACUUCUAUGAAUAUGGCAACAGCUGCGUGCCCUGCCCCACGAGCACCCUUGGGAGCUGUCCUGAGCCCUGUGUGACGAUCUGUGGCUGGAGGCAGACUGUUUGCUCAGUGUACUGGGUCCAGGUGCUCCUGGCUGGCCUGGUGGUCCCACUCCUGUUUGGUGCUCUUCUGACCUACACUUACCACCGUUGCCAGCCUUGCAAGGCCACGGUUGCUAAUGAAGCUGUGACAGAGGCCCUGGCUCCCCUGCAGGCCACCUACCUCUCACCCAGGGACAGUACCCACACCCUUCUAGCGCCACUCAGCAGUAGUGAGAAGGUCCACACCGUCCAGUUGGUAGGCAACGGGUGGACCCCCAGCUCCCCCCAGACCCAGGAGGCGCCCUGCCGGGAGGUGACAUUCUCCUGGGACCAGCUGCGCAGCAGAGCUCUUGACCCGCCGUCGCCUCCGCCCACGCCUUCGCCAGCGCCCCCUGCAGGCUUGGCGGCCGCCACGCUCCAGCCCGGCCCGCAGCUCUACGACGUGAUGGACGCCGUGCCGGCGCGCCGAUGGAAGGAGUUCGUGCGCACCCUGGGGCUGCGCGAGGCGGAGAUCGAGGCAGUGGAGGUGGAGGUGGGCCGCUUCCGCGACCAGCAGUACGAGAUGCUCAAGCGCUGGCGCCAGCAGCAGCCCGCGGGCCUGGGCGCCGUCUAUGCGGCGCUGGAGCGCAUGGGGCUGGACGGCUGCGCCGAGGAUCUGCGCAGCCGCCUGCAGCGCGGCCCGUGACGCAGGGGCCCACCCGCCACCCCCGGGCCCCGGCGGCCCCGCAGAAGCCCUAAGUACGGUUACUUAUGCGUGUAGACAUCUUAUGUCGCUUAUAAGCUCCUGGCAGGGCCCUGCGUAGCACCGCCAGCCGCCCUUCCCGCUGCACGCCCUGGGCUUCUGGUUGAGGCGAAGAAGCAAGGACGGAUGUCGGGAGGGGGCAGGAGACGGCUCAGCAGUUUCUGGGCCCGAGCUCGGUGAGGCCUUGGUAUUAAAUCUGUGAAGAAAA